UUCUUCACUUGAAAAUCUUCGAUUUAAAAAACCGCCCGGCUGCUUCUACUACUUCCGAGUCCUCCGAGUCCUCUUAUUCCAAGUAAGUCUCUCUUUCUUCUUCCUCGAGUCAUGUCUGACCACGAAGACAGCCAGAACUCUUCCACCCAUUCUUACGGUUCUAGUGACCGGGCUCAGACCUCCGGUUCCUCCUCUUCUUCAUCCUCUGAUUCUGAGCGCCUGGCUACUUCUCCACAGAAGAAACCGGUUGAUGCUUCCACUUGUGCUCCUUCUUCUUCCGUGGCGCAAGUGAUCUCGGUUGCCCAACCUGGGGAUGAGGGCUUCGUUCUGCUGGAUGACCAGUUGCUUCAAACGCAAUCUUCGGUCAUGCAGAAGGCCCAGGUCCACGAGGUGUGCAACCUGAUGCCGGACGGGUACCAAUUAACUUACCGGGCAACGUGGAAGAGCAUUAUUCCUCUCCACGCCGGUACGUCGAUGGGUAUCCAUUACCACUCAAUCAAGGACCUGGGCGAAUUCUCCAUUCACCCAUUCAAAGUCCUUUUCCUUGAAACAUACGGUAUCAUGCCCGGGCAGCUGGCCCCUAAUGGUCACCAUUUGUUGGGCAGCUUCAUCAAUGAGACCCUUGGAUUCGUGGUGGUGUCUUCUCACCAAGGUCGGGCAUUUCUCUGUGGCCUUCCUCCCUCCAACAAGAGGUGGAAGGACAAAUACGUCUGCAUCAAAUUCCCCCCGGCUGCCUUUCCUUUUGCCCAAAAUGUCUGGGGGAAAAGAAUGAAGCGCCAGGUCAAACCAACAGAGGCCGAUGACCUGGUUGCCUGGGAAACCACUCUCCGGGCCGGGGAUGCCUCCACCCGCGGUCUUUACCAUGUCGGGAAAUGGAGCGUCUACCCCGGCCGGGAGACUGAACCUGAGCCGGAGAUUGUCCUGACUGGGGUGAUCCCCGAAGCCAUCCCCAUCAGCCGGGCGAGGGGAUCCAAAGCCCUGGCCACAACCACCGCCGGUCCUUCACGCCUGGCGAAGAAGAAGAAGGAGAAAGUGGUGAAGUUCCAGUCGAAAUUUGCCACUCCAAAAAUCGCCGUUGAGGAGCCUUCCACCGCCCAGCUUCUCAGCCAACCUUCGGUCCAACCAGUCUCUUUGGACGAGCAGCCGACCCAGUCUCAACAGGGUACCAGCCAGCCCAUCCACUCCAGGGAACUCUACAUCAAUGUAGAUACCCUGGAGUUCGACCAGCUGAUGGAGGCUGGUCAAGCAAACCAGCUGGCCGAGGGAGGCCACGAAGAAGAGGAGGCUGCUGAAGAGUCCCUUAAGAGGAAGAGGCGGAAGACGGAAGUAGUCGACCAGCCGGCUCAUCAAGCGGCCCAGUCCUCCGAUGCCGGCAAAAGGCAAAGCCCGCCCCGGUCUAUGGCUCUAAUGUCUAGAUCGGACGAAGAGCUCCUCCAAGCCUUCCGCGCCGACCUGACUGAGGUCGGUCGGAUUGGUGAGGAGUACUUCACUCGGCUGGUGAAGUCAAGGGACGAGGAAAAGGCCCAGAUGGAGGCCAUGAUGGUCGAAUGCCGGAAGGAGGCUAAGGCCGCUUUUAAGAAGGUGGCGAAGGCGGAGGAGAAGCUGAUGGACCAUUGUGCGGUCUACCGUCAGCUGUAUGCGAAGCAUGACGGUCUCCUCAAGGCCGCGAAGGAAGCCGAUGAGCAAGCUCAGGCAAAGAUCCAACAGCUUGAGGCCAAGAACGCCCGGUCAGCUGAGGAAAUUGCCCGGCUCGGAGACGAGCUGGAGAAAGAGCGCUCGGAAAGGGCUCCUCUUGCUGCUGCCUGGGCUGUCCAAGCGCCGAGGAGUUUGCUGCCCAAGCACUUCCUGAACGGGAGACUGCCAUCCGCUUCUUCCAAGCGGAUUCAAGGUUUUCAGCCCAAGGCUCUUUCUCUGCCUGAGCUGCAUGAUGAGGCACCGGUCGCGCCUUUCCCGGGCAUCUGAUUUUCCAGCCUUUUUUACUUUCUCGUUUUUUUUGUUUACUUCCCGUGUGUAAUGAUCUGCCUUCGGGCACUUUUGUAAGACUUAAAUAUUAUUGCAAGUGUUUUUCUCCUAUAUUCUCUUCAACUUAAGAUUUUUAACCGUUUAGAUUAGUAAAUACAGCCCGGCCGCAUUUACCCGGUUUAAAAUACAAUUUUACCCAAGGC